UUUUUCUUUUAGAAAACAAACUCUCACAUGGAAGCUUUUAGAAAACUUAUUAUAAAAAGCUAAUAAUUUAGCCUAGUUUUCACUAUUCCACUCCCAACCCCACCACCACCACCACCACCGGGUUCUGCCAUAUCGUGCUUCAUCCCUAUCAUCAACGGCUUAUGGCUAGCAAAGAAAGCCUUAUCUGCAAUCAUGAAAUUCCAGAAAAAGCAAAGUGGGAUCCAAUUAGUACUAAAAUGUUGCUCAACAUUUGUGGGGAUGAGAUUUGUAAAACUAGAAAACCCGGAAUUGCAUUUAAGAAUAAGAAAUGGGAAGAAAUACGGGUAGAAUUUAACAACCGUGCUAAAAGAAACCAUACACAAAAGCAAUUGAAGAAUAGAAUGGAUAGUUUGAGGGCUGAUUGGAUUCUAUGGAAACAAUUGAUGGGUAAAGAAACUCAUGUGGAAUUGAACAACCACACAAAAACUAUUGAAGCUAAUUCUGCAUGGUGGGACGCUAAAAUAAGAGAGAAUGCAAAAUUUGCAAGAUUUCGAUAUCAAGGAUUAGAAUUUCGUGAUGAGUUGGAACACAUAUUUGGGGAGCCAAAGCCAAUCACAAGUCAAAAUGCACAGACACCGAUUGUGGGAUUGUCAAUUGAAUCUAGUGACAAAAAUAUUGAUUCAAAUGUGCCACAAGAAGCUAUUGAAUCUAGUGGCAAAAAUAUUGGUUCGAAUGUGCCACAAGAAGUUAUGGAAUCCGAUGAUGAAGAACUUAAUCUUGAUGAUGAAUUUAUCCCUAUCACUAACCCUCAAUCAAAAAAGAAAAGAAAAACAUCACAAGAUAUAGGGGAGACAGUGGCAAAGGACACAACAAAGGUUGGGUUUGCAACAUCUAUGAGAAAAAUAGAACGAUUUGUUGAAGCGACAGAACUUAAUAAUGAUGGUAUUGCAGGACCAUCUUAUGUAUGUGGAAAGUACUCAAUUCCAAAUUGCAUUGAAGUCUUGAAAAACAUUCAGGGGGUAGGUCUUCUGAAUGAUAGACAAUUUUGCUUUGCUUUAGAAUUACUUAGAAAUGGCCAAAGUAGGGUCAUAUUGAUGUCCUUAAAAGAUUCACAUAAUGCUUUAGUGAAUUGGAUUUUGUACAAGUAUGACUUGUAGACAAAUCUCUUGAAUAUAAGGUUUGGCUUUAUGUUUCAUA